AUGUUGGACGCAUUCGAGAUUAUCACGACGUCGGGCGUGGUGCUGUGGUCCAAGUCCUACGCGCCGGUCGGCGCCCAUGUCGUCAACAGCCUUAUCAACGAUGUUUUCAUCGAAGAGAAGGUCCGACCUCAGGAUGCAACGGCCGACGGCGUUUCGCCUGUGUAUAGAAAGGACAAAUAUACUUUGAAAUGGAGGCGCGUGAAGGAAUUCGGCCUCAUCUUUGUGGCCGUUUACCAGUCGCUGCUUCACCUGAGCUGGAUAGACAAGCUCCUCGACAAUAUCGCAACUAUAUUCGUCGAUCUCUACAAGGAUCAACUGAAAAGCUCGCGAUCGAGAGUGGUCGAGUACCCAUUCGACAAGUAUUUCGACCAGCAGGUUCGGGAACUGGAAGAUACGGCGGGCGGCGCUGUCGAGGAGACUCCAGGGAUAUUGGAGGAAGAAAGGAAAAAUCCGCUCGUCUCGUCUGACAAUGGAGGUCCACCACCACCGCCUGUUCCUUCGCUUCCCAAAGGUAAGCUACGCUUAUGUCCAGCGUCAAGGAUAUUGCUAACAACCGAAAAAGCGCAGCAUGCGGCUGCGCAACCGGUGGCAAUCUCGAAUGAGAGCUCGCCCUCACCGACUCCUGAUACAUCUAGAUCCUCUACUCCUCUUCCAAAUCACAUUCUUCCCGCAAAGAGCGGGCCCGGUGGCCGCGUUUCUCGCCGCGCACGAAAAGCUGCCCACGCGAACGCGAAUGCGAAUGUUUCCUCCGGAGAUGAGAGCGCGAGGAAGGGUAAAAGUGCCAAGGCUGGCGGGAAGCAAAUGCGAAAGUGGGAUGCGGAUGGCCUUGUGGAUGAGGGUGACGAUGAAAACCUGGAUUAUUCUGCUCGCGCAGGCGACGAGGCACCAGCUCCCGCAGUGGAAGAUGUGGCACGCGAUUCUUGGGGGCGCAAGACUGCCAACGGCCAGUUUGUCCUGAAAGAUCUGGGCGACGAAGUGCACUCGAUCCUCGAAAACGCGGACGCGGAGAAGGCGAAAGCCAACGCUUCCAGUGGCGUUGUGGGAUCGAGCUUCAACGCCAUCGGUGGUCUGUUUCGCAAUAUCGUCGGCGGCAAAACUUUGACGGAAGCGGAUCUUGAGAAACCUCUGAAGGCGAUGGAGGACCACUUGAUGAAGAAGAACGUGGCCCGAGAGGCGGCCGUGCGGCUGUGUGAAGGUGUGAAGCAGGAGCUCAUUGGAAAGAAGACGGGCAACUUCCAGAGCGUCGAUGCGGCAUUGAGGGCGGCGAUGGAAGCUUCUUUGCGAAAGAUCUUGACCCCUACCUCGUCGUUGGAUCUGCUGCAUCAAAUCCAAGCAGUCACCGCCCCGACGAACAAGCAGCAGGCGCCUCGUCCCUACGUCAUUUCCAUUGUCGGUGUCAACGGUGUUGGAAAGUCGACGAAUCUGAGCAAGAUAUGCUUUUUCCUCUUGCAGAACAACUACCGAGUCCUGAUUGCGGCUUGCGAUACUUUCCGAUCCGGAGCGGUGGAGCAGCUGCGCGUGCAUGUUCGGAACCUGAAGGAGCUGAGCGCGCGCGAGAACGUGGGCGCCGUAGAGCUGUACGAGAAAGGGUAUGGCAAGGAUGCCGCCAACGUUGCGAAGGACGCCGUGGCCUAUGCGACCGCCAACCGAUUCGAUGUCGUCCUGAUCGACACGGCGGGACGCCGCCACAACGACCAGCGGCUGAUGUCUUCGCUGGAGAAGUUUGCCAAGUUGGCGAACCCGGACAAGAUUUUCAUGGUCGGCGAGGCCCUUGUGGGCACCGACAGCGUGAUGCAGGCGCGCAACUUCAACCAGGCGUUCGGCCCUGGUCGGCACCUGGACGGGUUUAUCAUCAGCAAGUGCGACACGGUGGGCGACAUGGUCGGCACGUUGGUUAGCAUGGUCCACGCGACGGGCAUUCCGAUUGUGUUUUUGGGCGUUGGACAGCAUUACGGUGACCUGCGUGGGCUGAGUGUUCCGUGGGCAGUGGGAUUGUUGAUGAAGUAG